AUGUUAUGCAUUAUUUUGACCACUCUUGUCUCCAUCGCCGGAGCAAAACUCCCUGCGAUCAUUGUCUUCGGCGACUCUUCCGUAGACUCGGGCAAUAACAACUUCAUUCAAACCAUGGCUAGAGCCAACUUCGAACCUUAUGGUCGUGACUUCCCCGGUGGCCGCCCCACCGGACGCUUUUGCAACGGCCGUCUCUCCUCAGACUUCACUUCCGAGGCCUUCGGUCUUAAAAAGACAGUGCCGGCCUAUCUCGAUCCAUCCUACAAUACUUCUGAUUUCGCCACCGGAGUUUGCUUCGCCUCCGCUGGUACAGGCUAUGACAAUUCUACCGCCGAUGUUCUUGGUGUGAUUCCGUUAUGGAAACAAGUCGAGUACUACAAAGAAUACCAGAAGAAACUCACCGCCUAUCUCGGUCACCGGAAAGCAGCUAACGUCAUCAGAGAAUCGCUGUACUUAGUCAGCAUAGGGACCAACGAUUUCCUCGAGAACUAUUACACAUUAACGGACAGGAGAUCCCAAUACAGCAUCGGUCAGUACCAAGACUUCCUCAUCGGAAUCGCCGAGGUGUUCUUAAAGGAUCUUUACAAACUAGGGGCUCGGAAAAUGUCUUUCACUGGAAUCUCUCCAAUGGGAUGUUUGCCACUGGAGAGAGUGACAAAUCUUGACGACCCUUUCAGCUGUUCUCGGAGUUACAAUGACUUGGCGAUCGAUUUCAACGGGAGAUUGAGGAAACUAGUGAGUAAAUUGAAUAAAGAGCUCGUUGGACUAAGGAUCUAUUUUGCUAAUCCUUAUGAUAUCAUUUGGGAUAUUGUAACCAAACCUAGUGUUUACGGUCUUGAGGUGUCUAGUUCUGCGUGUUGCGGCACGGGAUUGUUUGAGAUGGGGUUUCUCUGCGGACAGGACAAUCCGUUAACUUGCAGUGAUGCGAAUAAGUACGUUUUCUGGGACGCUUUUCACCCGACCGAGAAGACUAAUCAGAUUGUCUCUGCUUACUUCUUUAAACAUCUCAAGAAUCUGUUUCAUUGA